AAUUCCAGUUAUCACAAUCACAGUAUACAUAUAACUGCUAAUGCUAAUAGGCACAGUGGUAGGCACUUGACAACCUAGAUAUGAAUAGAUAUUAAACGUUAACAGAUUUUUUAUCGGAUUCGGUUGUUUGCAGCCACGUUUCUACGAAUGUUAUUUAAUAUGGUAUCAAUAUUAUCAAUUAAAGCAUUCCACUAUUAUGCGUAACACAUAGAAGUGGAUGGGAAGAUGUAAUACUACACACUACACACUUCCAUAAAGUCUGCUUUAUAGCUCUACACACUGACGUAAGGCCGUUGCGUGAUGAAAAUGGGUGAGAACGAGUAGUGUAUAGAAGCGGCAGAAUGACAGUUUUUUAUUUAAAUUUACGUCUAGGAGAAUAAAAAAGAUGGAAGAUGAUACCGAUAUUUACGGAGAUUUGCCAAGUUUCGAAUUAAAAUAUGGCGAGAAACUCGCGUCAAAAAAUGAAGAAAAUGUUACGCCCGAUCGCAUAACAUUAGAGAAACAAGUAAAAGAACUCACAGUACAGUUGGAAAAUUCCCGAAAGAUUAACAAAAAUUUGGAGGUUAAUAUGGUCUCCUUAUUGAAAACCGCCAAAGCUGAAAUCGCACGGAAGGAUAAGAUGAUCGAUGAGUUAAGAAAAAAGCUCGACGAUGUAACAUUUAGGAGGGCCAAGUAUGCUAAGACAAACGAGUACCGUAAAUCGAAUUUCCGCGAAGCUGUUGUGAAUAUCUAUUGCAAGCCUUCUGAUUUUCCUGUAUCUGUUAACGAAAUCAAAGAGGAGUCAUUUGAACCAGAUUUGAUGCAUAAUCCAACCAAAGAUCCUAACUUAAGCAAAUCCACUUUAACGCCUAUCACGCUCUUUGGCGAACGGUUACGUAAGAGGAUCGCGGAUGAGCAGUACUUGGAAAGGAUGGAGAAACAGUCGAGCAAGUUUACCGUUAAUGGUAACAGUGGUGUGCACAAUGAGGGUUACGUAGCUGAAAGCGACAAGGAAAAUGGUUCUCUGCAUGAUACUAAUUCUUGUAACACGAAGGAAGUCCAGUCCCUCGUAGGUUCUCAAUAUUCUGAAAGCGAACCAACAAAGAACCUUUUGAUAAUAUCGAAAGUUAUUACAAGGGAUAAAAAUGAACCAGAAAAGGUAAAUCAUACAGGGAAAAGAACAAACGACGAUACAAGUACACCUGUUACUUUGAAACGAAUCAAAUUCGAGAGCGAAGAGUAUCUCACAGAAACGGUAAAUACAGAAGGAAACGACAGGAUUGCCGUUGAACCCGACAAAAAGCACGAUUCCUUAAAACUUACAAAAAUUGAGCAUUUCGAUAACUUUACCGAAGUUAGACUCACCGCAAAAAGUUCAGAUAUAGAAUCUAGUCGCAAAUUGAAUACAGAAGUUAAAAAAUAUGGUUAUCGUAAUGGUGGUACAGUUAAAAGGGAAGAGAGAAAAUAUAUUAAAGACGAGAAUGAUAUAUCGUGUGAUAAAAAAGUCGCGAAAGAACAUUCCUUGAAACGGCAUCACAAGCUCGGAUUAGAGGAAUGGAGCGCGGGUCAUCGUUCCAACGCGAUAGCGUGGAAAGACGAUUAUCGAACCAACAAUGUUGAACAUCAUCGAGCUAAACACAAAGAAGAUCGUCGCGUGACUGGUACGGACGAUCAUCGAUCGCGCGCGAGGUCGACCUCGUACAAAUCCUGUCGGGAAGAAAAAUACAUCAAACAUAAACACAACAAACAUGGCUACGGAGAAAGGUUUGAAAAGCAUGGUUACGGAGAAAAUUAUGGAGACAAAGUUGAAAAGCAUUACAAUUUCCGAAGUACCAGCGUGGAUAAAACGAAAUUCUUCAACAGAGAAACGCGAAGUCCGAGAAACACGACGGGACGUUCCUCGAUGGACAGGAAGAUGGGUAACUCGCAGAUUAGCAGUCGUUACGACGAUUAUGGGUCUCGUAAAUUGAAGAACGACGAUAGAAAGAAGCAAGACGAGAACAGCGGCUGGCCGCGUCGAAAGUCUGGCGUAGUCAAAUCUACUACACGUUCAAAGCAUUGCGAAGUAUCGAAACGCGAGAAGAAUCGAGAGAAAAGCCGCGAAAAGUGUGGAGAAAAAAGCAACGAAAAGAAUGGAGAAAAAAGCGUCGAAGAAAGACAAAAUCAACCUCCGCCAAGGCCCCACCAAGUGAACUUGAGCUCGCAGAACUACGUCGAUCUAAUACAAGAUUCGAAUGAGUUCCAAGACGGUGAGAUUAGUCCAACGGCGUUGAAUAUUAACCUAAACGAGGACAACGAAUGCAACGAAUCUGGAAAUCGCGGAAACGAUAACGACGAACAAACUGUGUCUCCCUUAGCGAAUAUAGGAGAAGAGAAACUUAAAGACGACGAAGGAGUACAAGUACAAAAUGAAUUUGUCGAAAAAUCGGACGCAUCUACCAAUGAUGUUUCAUCGUGUCCACCUAUCGUAACUGCUUCGUCACCGAACAAACAAUGCUCGGAAAAUAAUGAAAGUAUCGAAAACGAAAAUCUUGAGAAUAUUGAAAAAUUUAUUCGCGAUUAUGCUUCCGACAGUGAGACUCACGAGAAGACGCAAUCGUCGCCUGGUGUCGUUCUCGCGGAACAUGCCGAAAGAGAAAACGGAGAAAUCAUCACUAAGUACGCAAAGGAAUACCCGUUGACGAACGGCGAACAGAAAAAUUCUGAAAAAAUUCACCUGCCUGAGUCCAACGUUGAACAAUCACUUACUCUCCACGCAGAACAAGAAACGAACGCGAAACUCCUUACGGCUGAAUCGCGCGAUACAUCUCUCGAUAAAGAUCGUAUAGAGAUGCAACUAGGGUUAGCAACUCCUGUGAAGAAAGCGGAAGGAAUCGAAUGUGAGCUAAUAAACUCCACCGAGUUGUCGCACCACGAUUGUUUAUUCGUUAACACGGUAGAGAAAGUGUCGUCGGGGUGUUUAAAACUAAAGGGACUUUCGAAGAAUACCACGAUUGACCUUGAAUUGCCCGAUAAUGAAUGUAACGUCAACGAUAACGGAGAUAAGGAAGUCUGCAGAGAUUCGGAAACUGGUAAUGAUAACUUGGACAAUUGCAACGACGAUAACGUUAUUCGAAAUGGUCCCGAGAACGAUUCGAAAGGAGAAAGCACGGUAAAAAAUGCAGACGUACACGAGUUAAAUAUAUCACUUGGCAAGUCCAAUAUUACAAACGCGAAGAUUGCGCCGGCUAACAUCCAUGGAAAAGUAGUUUUAUUCGCGCGCCGCAAGAAACCAGUAUGCUUAGCGAAUAACAACGCAAAUAUGACUAUUGUCAUAAAUAACACCAGUGAUAGUAGUAUGAAUUCGCUGGAUGCGAGUGAUUCUUCUUUAAAGUUAAGAACUUGCAGACGUUUCCAACAAGAUAAUAGCGAUGUAGUUGGUACUUGAGCAACAAGAAUCUAUCGAAAGAUGAAGUCUGUAAGGGAACACGAGGGUUUAAUUAACAGUUUUUGCAUUUUAAGUGUCAGUAAAGUAUAAAACUCGACCGAGAAUGCGAUGGUACUGGAUGAUCGAAACAACUCUGUUCACGACUGUUAGCCACGCAUUAGAAGAAAUUAAAAAGAAAUUAUGUAAAAGUAUGUAAAUAACACGUGUACAUAAUAUACAACAGUCGAACAGUAGAGAAUGGUACCUUAAAACUCCUCGCGUAUAGUUUACAGAGGGUUGCGUGCUAUUUUGUUUAAUCUAUGUUUAAGCCUUUUAACUUUAAGUAAUAUUAGGGGUAGAAAUUAAUUCUAUUCCUUUAUAUUCAAUUAUUUACAACUUUAGAUAAUCGAAUACAGAGGCACAGAAUUAAUUUCUACACCUAAUAAAAUAACAUUGUCACCGUACUAUCUCUCUGUCCUCAACGACCUCUCAAACAUUUCUUUCGAUGUUUCAUUCGAAUAAAUAAUACCAUAAAAUAA